CUGUAUAUCGGCAUAUAUCGUUAUCUCGCAGAUGCAUUCUUGCUGUAGUUCUUUCGAAUCAACUUUUGUCUUCUUUUCGUACCAGGUGCAAAAUCGAAUUUAUAUUCUUCCAAUUCGUGGUAUCAAAAAAUAGCCAUAAAGAUGCAAGACGCAAGGCUGCUCGAGCAAAAGAAAUAUAUUAUAAAGUAUAAUACGAAGAACGCAGUUGCAAAAAUCUCUACACGUGUCAUUCUGAUCAUGCGUCGGCCUUCGAAUUUUUAAUAAAAUAAAUUCACACAAUUCUCAUCUAAAUUACUGUUAUCUGCAUUCUGUGACGACAUUAUCAUCUCUUUAUAUUAUUAAGGUGCCAUUUCACCUUAAUAAUAUUAAUAUUAUCACACUAAAAAAACCUCACAAAGAUGAAAACCAUACGCCAAGUAAUUACAAGUAAAGUAAUUACUUUCAAAAUAUUAAUCUCUACAGAAGUAUUAUCGGAAACACGUUAAGUGAUUCUGGAAGCUUUUGGAGGGGCAGCUUCAAAUAAAAGCAGCGAUCGGAAGGAGCGACGCGCACUCCUCAUAGUCUCGCAAUAUAGUUAACGCAUACAUACUUCGAAAUUUAAAGUUACGAUUUGUGUGGAGAAAGACAAGUGUGCUAGAGGAACGUCUAUUUAUCACCUUCUUGCAACAAUUCCAUUGCUGCAAAGUGUCAUUGUGUUUAGAGUCAUCGAAUUUCAAAACUUAUAAAUAUUGUAAGUUUAUAAUAUUGGAAAAAAUAUGGCAAAUAUCAAUAAUAUCAAUAUUUUUUAUCCACUUGGCGUUUCGGAAAAGAAUAAGGAAAUAUUGAAACCAAUCGAAUAUAUUCUUCAAGCUCCAAUAAUACAAAUAACAAACAAUUUCAUAUCGGCUUUUAACUAUUGGUUAAAGAUACCAGAAAACAUAGCUCAAGAAAUAACUGAAAUAACACAUAUAUUGUUUAUAUCAUAUAUACUAGUGGACGAUAUUCUAGACAAUUCUAGUAAGCGAUAUGGAAUUCCUACUGCUCAUUCUGUUUAUGGAAUUGAAAGGGUAAUAUCUGCAGCACAUUAUAUAUUAUUUGGUGCUCUAAAGAGAAUUUCUAAUUUGCAACAGUCUGAGGCAUUAAAAGUAUGCGUAGACAUGAUACUGAGAGCAGUCGAAGGUCAGGGAACAGAAAUAGUUUGGAGAAAUAAUUUUACCUGUCCAAGCGAGGCAACUUAUAAAAAAAUGAUAGAGAAAAAAACUGCUGCGUUUUAUACAAUGUGCAUGAAGUUAAUGCAACUGUUUUCAACCUGCAAUAAGGACUUUUCGUCAUUAAUAGAAACUUUAGGAUUAUAUCUCCAAAUAAGAGAUGAUUAUUGCAACUUAUGUUCCUCUGAUUACACUGAAGAGAAAGGAUAUUGCGAUGACUUAACUGAAGGCAAAUUUAGCCUUCCAAUUAUUCAUGCCUUGCAAAGUAAACUUGAGGACAAGGAAAUAAAAAAUAUCCUUAAACGUAUCCUGCGACAACGGACAAAGGAUGUAGAAGUGAAACGCUAUUGCAUUAAACUGUUAAAAGAAUGCGGUUCGUUUGAAUAUACCAAAAAGAUACUAGAUGAGCUGAAUGCAAAAGCAAGAGCUGAAAUCGAUCGUUUGGGAGGCAAUCCGUUUUUAAUAAAGAUUCUAGACGAUUCUCAUCAGGACAUACUAGGACAUAAGAGUACCUUACUAUUAUAAAAAAUAUGGUAUAAUAUAUAUAAUAUAUAUAUAUUAUAUACAUAUAUAUUGUUAUAAACAAAUGAAAAAUUGGUGUUGCUGGUAUGUAUUACUGGAAAAGGAUAUAUAUAUAUAUAUAUAUGUAUUAAGUAUCAAUAAAAAGAAUUUAUUUUGCAAUAUCAAA